ACCCUCAGAGAUUCCCGGCCGGACGGCGCCGGUCAGGUCUGCCCCUUGUAUGAGCCGAGUCCCCUGCCGUGUCUCAAGCUCUCGGCCAUUAAGCUCAUUUUGCCCGAUAUUGUCAAGACGGCGCCCCCUAGUGUUCCAGAUUGUUCUCUUCCGGUAGGAGAUGGCAGUGUCAAUGAAAAGUCUCAGAGACACUCGUUGCGCUACUUCAUGGAGCUCCACCACUCCCUCUGCAAGCUCAUCGACGGCGCCUUCGCUGUGUGCAGCAAGGAGGAGCUCGGCAGCAUCCUGGCAAAAAUGGACGCCGUGCCCACCAAGCCCAAGAGCAUUCCACAAAUUCUGGAGGUGUUCAGAUCGUCCCGUGGAAAAGAGAUGUCGGCGAAGAGCGGGGAAAUCUCGUCUGCCCUGAGCUGCGUCCUCUCUCAGCUCGAGACCUACAUUUACAUUCGCAAGUGUCCGUUCCCCCACGUGAUCCGGACGGGCACCAUCUUCAUUCCUAUGUUGGUGGUUAAGGAGACUUUGUUUCCCCAGCUGGAGGGGGCGCUGGUUGACCAGGUGCUCCAGGAGCACCGGGUGGAGCUGAGGCCCACGACGCUGUCAGAGGAGCGCCACCUCACCCAGGUGCAGCAGCGUGGCUGCUCGUCCAAACUGCGGCGGCUGCUGUCCCUCAAACACCUGCCCGGCAUCUACCCCGACCUGCUGAAGCUCUACUGUGACGCCAGCCUGCGGACCCACCUGGGCACAGAAUGCGACGCCCCGGUCCAAACGGAGCCCUCGGAGACCCCAGCAAGCCCCCCUCCGCAUCACGGACAUCAAGCAACAGCCAAGCAGCUGCGGCCUGGGCUCCACUUCCAAAGAAAGAGAAGGAAGGGGCGACGACGAAACCCAUUGAACAGGACCUUUGUGGGCGCUUCUGAAAAAGACGCCGCCAUCCGGGUUAGGGACAAGAGGGGCAGACUGAAGGCUGCCACGCUUAGGGGGAGCUCGUCUUUUCGAAACUCGAGCCAGGUGACUGUGCAGCAAAUAAAGUCGCAAAAGUUACUCAAAGGCGUCUGGGGCCGGAGAAAGAAAAAGCCUGGCAUGGGGGGCAAGACCAAGCAAAAGAGGGCCUUUGAGAAGAGCCGCGCGGCGGGCCUGGUGCUUAAGCUGAAGCGUAUGCCUUUGAGAGGCCAGGCCGGUGGCCGGGAGCGCGGCUUCUCGCCUCAAGAGUCGUGUGGGAUCAAAGUGCAGCUCACCGAGGUCACCAGCGAGCAAAGUGGCCCGGCUCCAAAGAAGCCACUGCCCAGGUUGGCCCACGCUGCCCUGUCGUCAAAAAAGCUGCGUGCCUCCGCCGUGGCGGGCAGCCUGCGGUCCACCCGCAGCACCUCCAAGGUCCUGCACUUGCGCAGGUCGGUCGUGCAGAUCAAGUUUCGCCGCCUGCUGUCGUUGCGACCUGGCACACCUCGAGGCCGGAGGCGGGCAGGCUACCCGGACCUUGUGGGCAAGCGCAUUCGCCACCUCUAUGAGGAGAAAGACAAGUCGGAAGUGUGGUACCAGGGCAUGGUGGUGCGUGUGCACGAGAAGCACCCAAACCCCCUGAAGACCGUUUACGAGGUGAAAUACGACAGCGAGCCCGAGUGGCAGUACUACCUGGAGCUGCUGCAGGAUUACCGCAAGGGUUGGCUCGUCCUGGACGACUGACGGCUGCCCGGCUCCACCACGUUGACGCCAGCUGUGCGUCUAUGGCCCCCAUUUUUCGUUUGUGUGAAUGACAAUUUUUGUACAAGUCCAAUAAAUGUGUUGUUUUUCAGUGA